AUGACAAAAGUCGAAGCAAGUGAAGACAUAUCUGACGUUGUCUCCUCAAUACCACAAUUAUCCCUAACGCCAUUUGGCGACACCGAAGAAGUUGGAUUUAUUGACUUUUCCAAUGGACUCUUUGUGGUGGAAUUUGAUAAUGUUUCUGGUGAAACCAUCAGUUAUAAACACCUUAACAUACAACUGACUCCGACGAUGGAGAAAGAGAUAAUUCGGAUGAUAAUGGUAGCUGAUUAUUAUGAGUAUUCCCCCGUCACUGUUCUCAUUCAUACAAUCAAUAUUUAUUACAUCGCUAGCAUUCACUUCACUUGUUUUAACCCUUCCAACAAGAGAGGGUACGUCACUACCUGUUGUGUCGCAGUCAUCCAAUCUGUCCCCUUCACAACACCACAAACAGAAUUGUUAAUCGAACGACUGACGCAAAUCGCCUCGGCCUUCCAAAAAACAGCGCUUUUGCUCAAAGAUGUUCGCGGGACCUAUGACAGUGUGAUGCCUUUAGAGACGCUUAUAAACACCGCCAGAGAUCCAAAAUACACUUUCAAACAAAUCAUCAACACCUUCACGUUUCCACUCCUGACCACACACUUGAUUUACUCCCCCAAAAACGACUUUGCUAAUUACUCACACCCUUCACAUAUCAUUGCGUGUGGCGGUCAUUCACUCUUCAACUGGUCGAUGGAGUCGCCAUACUCAGAAAAGAGCAAAAAAGGUGACACGAAGAAACGCAAAGUUUCGCAACGAGAGUACCAGCAAGACUUCCCAACUCCAUUCCCGCCUUAUGUCUUCCCAUCAUCGCAAAAUGAAAAGUCCAAUAAAUACGGCUUCCCACAGUUCGUCACUGAUUUACAAAACGUGUUUCCCAGCGUGUUGUUGUCGCUCCUCUCCGGUCUGCAAAUUAUUAUAUACUCAAGUGUCGACUACGAGAAAACUAAAUUGGUCGACAUCGCAAUGUUCCUCUCGUCGUUUUGCUUUGCUGGUGUGUCUAACGGGUCCAACCCGAAUAUUCUUGUUAUCGACAGACAAGACGUGUUAGACCCCCUUCAGACAAAGUUCACUCAAAUCUUUGUCUUGUGUGAAACAACGAGCUACUUAGCAUCUCCCUUUGUGAAAUAUUGUCACCUCGAUGUGUCAACGGGGUUCUAUGGGUUGCGGUACACCCCAAGCGAGAUGAAAAACUCACGACUUGACUCCUUCAUCCGGUAUGCUGUUCAAAAGAAGCCAUUCAUCGAACAAAAGAUGUGGAAUGUAUUAAUUGACUACGGGGAGCUCGCGACAAAGUGUUUGAUGUAUCCCGACGUUUACAGCAAGCUUCCCGAUGGUGAGAAGUUCAUUGUUUUAAAUCUUCAACGUAAAAUAGAACAAGAGCGAAUAUACGUCGAGACCGACGAAAUCGUUGCAAAACGCGCAGUCAUUCCCGACACCCGAUUUGGAACGACUUCUCUCAAGUCUGGGGACAACAGUGCAGGCUGUGUUUGUGUUUGA